GUAUACUUCCGGUCUUUUUCCUUAGUGAAGCAUAAUAAUGGCGUCCCAUAGCGAGGAGUCUGCUUUGGCCACUGAAGAGGAACCGACCGAAACUCUUGCGUCCCAGAAGAGAGAAGCCAGGCUCCGAAAGUUUCGAGAGUUACAUUUCAAACGAAAUGAAGCACGUAAACUCAAUCACCAGGAGGUUGUAGAGGAGGAUAAGAGACUGAAACUCCCUUCCAACUGGGAGGCUAAAAAAGCCCGUCUGGAGUGGGAGCUUGCUGAAGACGAAAAGAAAAAGGAGUGCGCAGCCAGGGGGGAAAACUAUGACAGAGUAAAACUGCUGGAGAUUACUGCUGAUGAUGCAGAGCGAUGGGAGAGGAAGAAAAAGAAGAAGAACCCAGACACAGGAUUUGCAGGUUACGCUGAAGCUCAAUUUAGACAGUAUCAGAGGCUCACCAAGCAGAUCAGACCAGACAUGGAAAGCUAUGAAAGACAAAGGGAGGAAUGCGGUGAGGAUUUUCACCCCACGUCCAAUAGCCUGAUCCAUGGAACCCAUGUUCCCACAAAGGAGGGUAUUGACCGCAUGGUGGAAGAUGUUGAGAAACAGAUCGAGAAGAGAUCUAAGUACAGCCGACGCAGGGCCUACAACGACGACGCCGACAUCGACUACAUUAACGAGAGGAACGCCAAGUUCAACAAGAAGGCGGAGCGUUUCUACGGCAAAUACACAGCAGAGAUCAAACAGAACUUGGAGAGAGGAACAGCUGUUUAGUGGCUCUCGUUGUUUGACUGGACACGCUCAGCGCUGCAGUUCUGUUUUCAUUAAGCAAUCUUGGAGGCAUCUUUUUCUUCUCAGUAUGCUGCUAACCAAGAAUACAUGUAAUAAAACGUGAAAAAUGGACUGCUCUGUCAGGCAGUUGUUCUUUAUCACGCUAAACUCAUUUUGAGCGUAAUGAAAAUGAUGUGUAAGAUAUGUAAUGUUUAGUGUUUUUCAGAUUUGUUAUUAUUCUUGUCCUCUAUUUUUAAAUAAACCACUUCCUAUUAUCCACA